AUAAUAACGCACAUGAUACGCAAGACGAUUUUCUUUGUCAAUAUACAUCUACCCAGUGUACCGAAAAAUUCGUGUUAUCUGUGUUUUUUGGGCAACUCUAAAUAUUCUUAACGUCAAUGUGUCACGUUUUCAAUGGAAUUUACGCUCUCGAGUUUUUGCAUUGAUAAAGAAGGGUAGCUGUUAGUACAUGAACAAUGUCAGCGGUGCACGGCAACAAAGAAUACGAUAACAAUGAUAUUGAGAAUGGUAACAGUAGAUUGGACUUGGCGAAAGACACACAGGUCGAGCUAAGUUUCAACAAGGAAGAACCAGAGAAAAGAAGAACAACGUGCGAAACCGGACUCAUUGUCCUCGUUUUUAUUUGCUUGCUGGCUAUAAUAGGUUUAGUAAUAGCAGUUGUGCUUAUAAAGACGGAUACCGAUGACGCCAUACCAGUCGAUAACACUACACCGCCACCUAAGGAUGAUACCACACCUUAUACACCGGAAAUAUGUUCGACACAUGAUUGUGUGCACGCAAGUUCAAGAAUUUUGCAGAAUAUUGACAAGGCAGUAGAUCCGUGCGAAGAUUUCUACAUGUACUCGUGCGGCGGGUGGAAGAAGAAAACUGUUAUUCCGCAAGAUAGAUCUUACUAUGGUGUGUCUAGUGAGCUCACAGACUCUAUCGAGGUUACAAAUAAAAAUCUGCUUGAAGAAGAUAAUGCAUCAUACAAAAAUAUAUCAGCCAUAUCAAAAGCGAAGGACAUGUAUGCAUCUUGCAUUGAUUUAGAAAAAAUCGAACAGAAAGGUUCUUCUGCCGCUAUACCUUUGUUAAAUGAACUAGGCGGUUGGCCCGUUCUUGGAACUAAUCCCGGUGGCAACUGGUCGCCUAACAAUUUUAGUCUUUCUCAACUGUUGAUCUCGCUUAUACAAUACAACAACAAGCCUCUAAUCUAUCUAUAUGUAUACGCUGAUAUUAAAGAUACAGAAAAAUAUAUUAUUUACAUGGAUCAGCCAGAGUUUGGUCUCCCGGGAAGACUUUAUUACUUACUGGAUAGCUUAUCGUCCAUGCGUGAGGCAUACAUCAACCUGGCGGUAUCUGUCGCAAAAUUAUUUGGAGCUGAUGGUGAUGUUGCAGAUAAAGAAAUGAGAGAAGUUCUGGACCUCGAGACAGAUAUAGCAAAUAUUAGCAUGAGAGCGGAAGAUAGGCGUGACUACGAAGUUUUGUAUAAUAAAAUGACAAUAUCGGAGCUUAAGCAGAACAUUACAGAACCUGGACCAACUGACACAAUACAGUUCGAUUGGUUAGAGUACAUAAGUGGUGUCUUCGAUUUGGAGAACGUGAAGAUACAAGUGAACGAAAGCGAACCAGUCGUUGUUGAAGCAAUACCGUACUUUGAAAAACUGUUCAGUGUGCUUCAGAAACAUGGAAAACGCGUAGUUGCCAACUAUUUGGUGUGGUUCAUCAUAAAGAAUCGAGCGAGUAACCUUGACAGUAGGUUUACGGAUCUCAUUACGGAAUACAACAAGGUUUUGUAUGGAACAACAUCGUCUAGUGAAAGAUGGAAAGAAUGUGUGUAUCUCACUGAAUCUUAUUUCGGCAUGGCAGUCGGUCACAUGUUUGUCAAGACAAAAUUUGACAACUCUUCGAAAACAGCGGUGCAUGAUAUGAUCGGCAACAUAAGAAACGCUUUUGAUGAGCUAUUGGAUGAUCUUGACUGGAUGGAUGAACCAACAAAAGAACUAGCAAAGGAAAAGGCCGACGCAAUUAAGGAAUGGAUUGGUUAUCCAGAUAAAAUCCUGGACGUGGAAAAGCUCAACAAGCUGUAUGAAAAUGCAAUAAUAAAAAGACACGAGUAUUAUCAGAAUGUUCUCAACAGUUUAAAGAAAUAUAUGUCUGAGGAGCUUCGAAAGCUGAGACAAAAGUUCGACAAAAACGAUUGGAAUGAUUCUCCAGCCCAAGUUAACGCAUUUUAUAGUCCUACCAUGAAUAACAUACAGUUCCCAGCUGGAAUAUUACAGGCUCCAUAUUACAACAAAAAUCAACCAAAUUCAAUGAAUUACGGUGGAAUUGGCACCGUUAUAGGGCAUGAAAUCACACACGGAUUUGAUGACCAAGGGAGACAAUUUGACAAAAAUGGAAACCUUGAGCAUUGGUGGAAUACUUCAAUUAUUAUCAACUUCAAGGAAAAGGCACAAUGUUUUAUUGAUCAAUACAGCCAGUUCGUAGCACCGGAAGCAAAUCUAACUAUUAACGGCAUCAACACACAAGGAGAAAAUAUAGCAGAUAAUGGCGGAAUCAAACAAAGUUUUCGGGCAUACAGAAAAUGGGUGGAGGUAGAACGACAAAAAAUCGAGGAGCCACUGUUGCCGGGAUUAAAUUUUACACAUAACCAACUAUUCUUUAUAAGCUUUGCUCAGGUCUGGUGUGAUAACUCCCGUAAGGAAUCUCUGAUCAGUCUCAUUAACACUGGUGUGCACAGCCCGGAACAGUUUAGGGUAAUUGGAACCUUGCAAAAUUUCCGAGAGUUUUCGGAUGCAUUCGGCUGUAAAAAGAACAGUGCAAUGAAUCCUGAAGAUAAAUGUUAUGUAUGGUAGUACGCAGCCAACAAGGGAUUAAUAAAAACAUCUGGGAAAAAUUCUCAACAAAAUCACGAACAGCGCUUGACAUUUCGUUAUGCAUUGUUAUAUUAAUCAUUUGGUCAUCUGCUACAUGAUCUGCACAGAUAAUGUCACAUUGUUUUAUUUUUUACAAAAAAAAACAACAACAUGAAAUGAACGCAUAAAUUCGGUAAUUGUAGUCUAUGCAAAUACCACAUAAUAAAGUAAAUUUUAUACAGCUUUCAUAGACAGUGUAAAGUUUGAUGAAAUAUGUUUCCUUCAUCUUCAGAAAGGAAGUAUUUAAAAUGGAUUUCCGUUACAUCUUGCUUCAUGUCAGCUUACUGGAAGUAUCGCCUUGUCUGCUUGUCGUAUAGCCUAUGUUAUUUUCUCUGUUUCAUAGACUGAUGGUUUCUCCAAUAUUAUAUUAUAUUAUAUUAAUAUAUUAUAUUAUAUAUAUUAUCUAUACAUACAUAUAUACAUACCCAAAUGUAUCUCUAGAUUUUAUAAUUAUGCUUGCAUUUCGGAUUUCGAAAAAAUCAAAAAUAAGCAAACAGGCUCAAAAAUUUGAUUGUAAAUAAUACUCUUUUUGAAAAAGCAAGUAAAAAGAUAACAUUUUUCUAAAGAAACAAAUGAUAAUUUUACUUAAGCUUUUCACAACGACCUUUAAAUGCAAAGUUGUAUAAACAGGAGCAAGCGAGAAAAUUUAAAAGUAAUAAUAUAAUUAUUUACAUAUUUCAUUUAUUUUUUAUCUUAUGACGAUAGCAUCAUUGCUGCUAUUUUAAUCAUGAAUUCCAUGUAUCUUCUAUCACUUCUUGACAUUAAACAUAUAAUAUUA